AUGGGUUUGAAAGAUGAGGACAAGAAAGCAGAAAUGUCUUCAGAAGAGCCAAAGGGACAUGUGACCUUCAGCAGAAAUAACAGCCACAGCUCUAUGUCUCCAACAGAAGAUGAUGAAGAAGAAGACAGGAAUCUUGAACUUGGCCCCAUGAUCGCACUCAGAGAACAGCUCGAGAAAGACAAGGAUGAUGAAAGCUUAAGGAGAUGGAAAGAACAACUUCUUGGCAUUGUGGAUCUUGAGCAGGUUGGAGAGACUCCGGAUCCGGUGGUAAAGAUAAUGAACUUAACAAUCAGGUCACCGGAUAGAGAAGACAUGGUAUUGACCAUCCCUGAAAACGGAAAAUCGACAUCGAAAGGACCAUGGUUUACUCUUAAAGAAGGCUCUAAGUACACUCUCGUAUUUACUUUCCGUGUGAACAACAACAUUGUGUCCGGUCUCCGGUACAGCAAUACGGUUUGGAAGACCGGAAUCAAGGUGUAUAGUAGAAAGCAGAUGUUGGGAACCUUUAGUCCGCAGGCUGAACCGUAUAACCAUGUCAUGUUUGAAGAAUCGACGCCGUCUGGUAUGCUUGUUAGGGGUUCCUACUCCGUUAAAUCCAAGUUUGUCGAUGACGAUAAUAAGUGCUACUUGGAGAACAACUACACCUUUGACAUUCGCAAGAAUUGGCUGUGA